AUGCCAGCUGAAUGGCUCCCCCACGCCCGAACAAUCAUGGCUUGGCCCGGCUGCGCAUCUCACAGCUACUGGCCACUAGGAAACCACGAGCAACUGAACAGCGACGUCACCCGCAUCGCGCAAGCUAUCGCAAGAUUCGAAAAGGUGACCAUCUACGUCGCGCGGGCGCAGGCGGAUGAAGCGCGGGUGAUGUUGCAGAAUUGCAGUGAAAAGCAAGCUGCAGCUAUCGAGAUGCGGGUUGUGGGGGAUGAUGAUGUGAAGCCGUGGAUGCGGGAUAUCGCGCCGACAUUUGUUGUCUCGCGGGAAUCGAAGGCUAUUCAUGGUAUCGAUUUCCAUUUCAAUGGUUGGGGUGCUAAAGAUCACUCUGAGAGUAAUCGUACGAUUGCCCGUCAUAUCCUGCAUGAUCUCCAAAUCCCCGAGUUCUCGACAUCCCUUGUAGCGGAGGGCGGCGCUAUUGAGACAGAUGGCGAGGGCACGUUACUAGCAACAGAGUCCGCGCUGGUCAAUCCCAACCGUAACCCGGACAUGGAUCGCGACGCAGUCGAAGACGAGUUGAAGCGCGUGCUGGGCAUUUCAAAGGUCAUCUGGCUCCCAGGUGUGGCCGGCGCAGAUACGACAGACUGCCAUAUCGACGCACUGGCGAGAUUCGCUGGCCCUGGUGUGAUUGUUUUGAGCCGUCCGCCUCCCACGAGAGGAGAGGUCUGGACAACAGUGUACAAAGAUGUCCGACGCAUCCUGACAAAUGCGAGAGAUGCAAAGGGCCGCAGUCUGCAGAUUGUGAAUGCGGCUGAACCUGAUAUUAGCAGGAUACAAGGAGCAGAUGCUGAGAUGAUACCCAGCUACGUUAACUAUCUCCAUGUGAAGGGGGCGGUGAUUGUGCCGCAGUUUGGGGUGCCCGAGACGGAUGUUGGUGCUUUGGGGGUUCUGGGGGACUUGUUUUCGGAUAAAGAGAUUGUUCCUGUAUAUUUGUAUGGUUUGCCUAAUGCGGGUGGUGGACUUCAUUGUAUCACGCAGCAGGUUCCGUUGGUUGAGUUGGAUACAUAG